AUCUUGAAGCAAUUCAUUCGCAAGGAUUAGAACAUCGAGAUUUUCAUAGUGGAAACAUUUUGCAAGACGAAUUAGAUAACGCGUAUAUUACCGAUUUGGGACUUUCCAACGCAAAGGAAACGAGUGAAAAAAGAGUUAGUGGAGUUUUGCCUUAUGUGGCACCAGAAAUUUUACAAGGAAGACCAUAUACUCAAGCA